AUGACUCCAGGCGCGAUCAGCGCCCCGCCGCCCUCGUUCCAUCCCACCACACAUCUCGCCACAACACCACGCCCAGGAGCAAAGAAGUCCGAGGCUCGCCAACUCGAGCAGCCCACCCUCACCCAAACCUCGGAGAAUCUGUCCAGUCUAAGCAGCCAGGCGCAAAUCGCGCCUCUCUUCCGGAUCAACAUGGACGAGGAGCAUGAGUGGGAUGAUGCCGAGCAUCCUCCAAGACCCGGAAGAGCUGAAGGUGCUCUUCACUGCUUUAGAUUCAUUCAUGUCAGUUACAGGAUGUAUGAAAAGGUGGCGCGCUUCAACGUAACGCACCUCCGAAGGCAGUCGUUUUAUGCGUUACCGGACGCUCAGUGGAAAAUGCUUGCAGCGCCCCCUUUCAACUUUUUGGAGACGCUAAGUAAAGUGGAUGAUGCGAUAGGCGAGAACGCAGACUUGGCCAAAGCUAUCGCGCGUCAUGGCCUACGUUCCUUCCACGACCCCUCCAUUCAGCCUCAUGACGAGAGUGUAUGCAUGCCUCGCGAGUGGAAUGGCGUCGCUAAGCACGGCGAUAUCGACAAGGCGAGGAGCACACUCCGUCAGUUCUUCCGUGACUGGUCCGCCGAAGGUGCUGUUGAGAGGGCGGCAUCUUACGGUCCCGUUAUGCGUACCCUGGAGAAGGAGAGGGCCAAUCGACCAGAUAACGAACCCCUAAGGGUUCUGGUUCCUGGAGCCGGCUUGGGCCGGCUAGUUUUUGACUUGGCGCAGAGCGGCUAUAACACCGAAGGCAACGAGAUAUCUUACCAUCAACUUCUCGCCUCCUCCUACAUACUCAAUUUUUGCGAGCGGGCAAAGAAACACACCAUCUACCCCUGGGUUCACACAUUUUCUAACCACCUCUCUCGAGAUAAUCACCUACGCGGAUAUAGCGUCCCGGACAUUCACCCUGGCACAACAUUAAUGUCAUCCCCUAACCCUGGAACCAUGUCGAUGACGGCCGCCGACUUUCUCUGCCUCUACGGAGAUUCCGACCAUCGCGAGACCUGUCUUAAGCCUGGUGGCAUUCUCAUCAACAUCGGGCCUCUCCUAUGGCACUUUGAAAACAACGCUCCGGGGAACCAUGGUCACGACGAUGAUGGUGAUGGCGAGCACGACUACAAGAAUUCGUCUGGCAUCGCCGAUCCCGGAAGCUUUGAGCUUACCGACGACGAGGUGAUGGCGCUUGUUGAGAAGCUCGGCUUCGUUCUCGAGGCAAAAGAAACGGGCGUAGAGGCGCCGUACAUCCACGAUACCGAUUCAAUGCUCAAGACAGUUUAUCGGGCGAGUACCUGGGUAGCGCGUAAACCUCUAUAG